AUGCCAAUAGAUAAGAGUUUAAAGGAGUUUGAGUUUGAGACAGAAGAAAGGCAGAGUAGUCCCAUCAAAAAUCAGGAAUCUAGUUCUCCUCGACCUCCAAAAGAACCCCAACUUUGGAGUUUCAUCCCUAAAGCUCCAUAUCCUGAACAAUUAGUGCCUUCAUAUGCCAAAUUUUUAAAAGACCUAGUCUCCAUAAAAAGGAAGGCCAGCAACCCUAAGGAAGUAGUGUUGACCGAACAAGUUAGCUCCAUUAUCCAACACAAAGUACCUGUCAAGUAUAAGGAUCCGGGGUGUCCUACAAUUUCGUGCAUGAUAGGUAAUCAUCACAUUGAGCGCGCUUUGUUAGAUUUGGGAGCCAGUGUCAAUUUACUGCCGUAUUCAGUUUACUUGCAAUUAGGUUUGGGGGAGUUAAAACCCACUUCAGUAAGGCUUCAUUUGGCUGAUGGAUCCGUUAAAAUUCCUAAAGGCGUUAUUGAGGAUAUUCUAAUAAAAGUUGACAAAUUCUAUUUUCCAGUAGACUUAAUAGUCUUAGACACUCAACCUGUCCAAAACUCAAAGGGGCACAUUUUGGUCAUAUUAGGCCGUCCUUUCUUGGCCACGUCUAAUGCUCAAAUUAACUGUAGGAAUGGUGUGAUGAAGAUGUCAUUUGGUAACAUGACUGUCGACCUUAAUAUUUUUGACAUUGACAAACAGUCACCAUGUGAGGAUUAG